AUGCGUUUUAGAUGUCUUCUGAAAGAUAGAACACUACACUACCAUCCAGAAAAAGCGGCCAAAAUUAUAAAUGCAUGUGUAAUACUACACAACAUUUGCAUAACAAACCGUCUUCCAAUUAUAAAUAAUGAUGAGAUAAAUUUAGAACAUAUAGACUUUGGUAUGAUACCCAAUCAAGGAUUACCGGACAAUGAGUUAGCGAAUCGGAUAGAUCCAGAACUAACAGCAGGGAGGCGUUUUCAAAGAGCAAUUAUUCAAAAUUAUUUUACUUAA